AUGCCGGCGUACAACAUCCCUGAUGUGGAGGGGAAUGCUCGUCUCCCAUGCAACUGCGCUCCGUUGUAUAAAUGGUAUCUGGAGCCGCUGAUGACCGCCGAACAGAUCACGGGCAUGCAGGACGCGGCUCCGAAGGUGGAGAGCAAGAACUGUGGCCGCACCAUGGGUGGUGACAAGAAGGAAUGUGACCCAAGGACCGUUGGAGGCUGCGUUUGGACGAAGGAGGAUUUGGCGAAAGAUCCGACGUACUGGGAAGGCUUCACACCCACAUACUGGGAGAAGCAGAAAACGCAGUCCAAGUGA